UUGUUUUCAAGUUUUAAAAUCGUAUAGGUUAUUGCGAACUCUCGUGAAACACACAAUGACGUCACGUUCGUCAGUUUUCGGCACCCAUCGGGAACUGGGAUUAUACUCCCAGAAUUCCGUAGUAGCAGAUGUCCGCCAUAAGUGCUUGGUACUGUAUGUAGGAAAGGAUCGUGUCAGUAGGAGUCCCAGUACGGCCUCAUGCAGCAUUCUCCUUCGGAGAUCAAGGAGAAGUUACUGAGGGCACUGGAUAAGGAAUACAAUGUAAGGUUUUAAAUACUGUCGAAACACAUGAAACACCGAAAUUAAUAAAAAUUACGAAGAAACUUAGCUAAAUGCGCUGUGAAAGUGGCGUGUCUGACUCCAACUUGUGUUAGUUUUCCACUAGCUAAGGUAGAAAUACACCCAUAUCAGACAAGAAUUCCUUAACGGCAGUACCAUAAAUAUAUACAGCUUCAUUCAGAAGCGUGAUUUUGCUUAACAUAGUGGAAGAGACGUCAAAUUUCGUGUGUGGAAAUUGGGUACACGGAGCUGUAAGAGGACAGUGUCUAGCCUAGACCUCCUCCUUACGCGGCACGGCGCGUGCGCACUGGCCAGUGGAGCAUGGCCCGUAACAUGUAAACUCAAGGCAUUCACGUUGACUCAUAUUUCAUACUGACAGCGUAUUAAACUACGUUUAAUCCCCAUAAAGUGUUAUGGAGCCGUUAAAAGUAACGUGCAAAGGAUAAUGAACCUAACAGUUGCUAUAUUCAUUGUAAUGUGCGGUGUUUUGGCAUUAUGAUAAGUGAAACGUGCAAGUGAAGUAUUGUGUGUUCUCCGUUUGUGGAUAAAAACUGUGUUAAUUACGUAAAUAAAGUGAUUUUGUACAAAGUAGAUGCUCCCACAGAAGAUUCCUUUCAUGCAUCAUCCAGAUUUACUGUGACGUGCCUUGUAUCCUUCUUCCGUUUCAACGUUUAAGGGAUGUUCUCAAACUCAUGACUUCAAAAUCAUAUUUCUGUGUGUUUCUCUAAUCUCAGGUAAUUGUGAACACAAGUGUGCGAAAAGCUGUGUAAUUGAUUUGCGCCGAUGCCAGAGUGAAUUGCUUAAAAGGAAAAAAAAAAAAAAAAGUUCGAAACUACUUUUGUACUGAUGCAUUUGAAUAUUGCAGAUUACUUCAGGUUAUUAAUUAUGGCGCUGUGGAAGAAGUUAUUGGACUGCUGGAAAACACUCCAGUUACAAAGGAGGUGCUUGAGACUACACGGCUGGGACGAUACAUCAAUGAACUACGAAAGAAGACAACCGACGAAAUGCUUGCAAAACGUGCCAAAGGUCUGGUUCGUCAGUGGCGUCACAUGAUCAUGCCGGAGCGACAAAGUCCUGCACAUAGAGUGAACGGUGCGAGUGUUGGUGCAAGUGCGUGUGCCAGUGCAGGAGCAAGUCCAGUACAAAGUGCACCCACACCUGGACACGGAGCUAGCCCGGGACCCCAUUCACCAGCAGGCUCUCCCGGUCGACCUCCACACCAUGCAGACUCUGUACCGAGGACCAUUGCCGCCAACAAGCGGCUCCGAAAAGAUGACUCGGAAGAAGGUCAGCCUCCAGCGAAAGUCGCACGACAAGUGAAUGGCGGGCUCGAAACAGACAAUCCUAUAGAAAGUGUCCCUGCCGUUAAAGGCUCGGCGACGACUGGUAGGCGUCGCCGUGCUCAUCGUUCAACUAACUGUCAUAAUGACGACAUAGUCAAAAAGAAAUUGGCUUCGGCAGCUCGAGCACUGCGUGUGAAGACUACUCAGGAACUGCUGGCCGGUCUGAGUUCUUGCACCAGCAGUGGAUCGUACACGCCUUCGAGUACGAUUCCGGAGCCAAAACCGGUAUCUCCCGCAUUGCACGCACGGGCGUCUCCGGCAAUACGGCAGCCCUCGUCUCCGGCUUUGAGGCAGCCCCUGUCUCCUGCGGUGAGGCAGCCCGUGUCUCCUGCGGUGAGGCAGCCCGUGUCUCCUGCAGUGAGGCAGCCCGUGUCUCCUGCGGUGAGGCAGCCCGUGUCUCCGGCGGUGAGGCAGCCCGUGUCUCCGGCGGUGAGGCAGCCCGUUUCUCCGGCGGUGAGGCAGCCCGUUUCUCCGGCGGUGAGGCAGCCCGUUUCUCCGGCGGUGAGGCAGCCCGUUUCUCCGGCGGUGAAGCAGCCCGUUUCUCCGGCGGUGAGGCAGCCCGUUUCUCCGGCGGUGAGGCAGCCCGUGUCUCCAGCAGGGAGGCAGCCCGUGUCACCGGCGGUGAGGCAGCCCGUGUCACCGGCGGUGAGGCAGCCCGUGUCACCGGCGGUGAGGCAGCCCGUGUCACCGGCAGUGAGGCAGCCCGUCUCUCCAGCACUGAGGCAACCUCUGUCUCCUGCAGUUGUGACCCCAGUGUCUCUGGUAGUGCGGAAGCCGGUAUCUCCUGUAGUGCGGAAACCGCUGUCACCUGUAGUGCGACCUCAUCAGCUACAAGUACAUUCUAACACCGCAGGUGUUCCACCCCAUGAACCUGUAUCUCGUACCCUGUGUACGUCACCUGCCCCAUCUGUACCAACUCCCUCCCCGACACCACCACUCAGAGACGAUGUCGGUACUGCUGUCAUCAGUAUGCCAUCUGUGAAAACUGCUAGUACACAUUUGUCCUCGGUGAAGCGGGUACGCCAGUCUCGAAUCGAUGCGAGCUCUGUUCCCGCAGCCCAAACUGUAAAACCUCCCCCUCCUGCACCGUCGCCCACUCCCUCACUUUCACUGUCACCAACUCGCUCAGUGUCGUCACUGCUGAACGCUGUCAGUGAUUCCACCAGAUCGGGUGAUAUCUGUGCUCAGAUUGCAGAAAUAAUGUCUAGGCUUCCUCCAAUUGAUGCCUCUGCAGUGUGUCGAGAGGAGACCUCACCGUCUGUCCAUUGCGAUUACCGAGCAGAAGAUCUUCUGGAUGGCGAGAUAGACGGUGUGACUGGAAAUGUGUCUCACGAUGGCAAGUUUAGAGAAUGGCACGAGUGUGUAUCGCGGACGACUGCAGCUGGAGAGUUGCUUCAUAUACUACCGUAUACAAUUAUAGACUAAGAUGAUUUGGUUGAUUUGGCUGUUAUAUUGUUGCAUGUCACGGAUACUGAGUAGUGACGUGUACGGAAUAUGAAAUAUGCGCACCUGUGACUGAUAACCGUGACUGCGCCAUUGGCUGUGGUAUGCUAGUCGUCACGCAGACUGGCAAAUGGACCGUAAUUUUGUGAAACUGCAGCCAUGACUUGUGUAAUUAUGGUGCUGUCUGGGGUCUGAAGGAUAGAAAUAAAACAGCGAUAUCAGGGAUUUGUGCAUUUGCCUAGUUAUGGUACAGUAUGUGCCGUGUGCACAUGGCUUGUGAUAAUUGACAUAAAGGGCAUCCCCGUCCUGUAUUUGCAACCUCACAUUUUCCGUACGCUGGGAAGUCAAGUACCCUAUAUUUAAUUGGAUAUCGUUGCCAAAUGUAGGGUUACUGUUAAUAUUGUAUAGGCUACACUGCCCAAUGUUGAUUUGUUGUAAGCAUCAACUUAAUACAUAUUUACUAGUGAGUCCGAUUGUAACUCAGAGUUUUGUACAGUUGCCUGUGCCUUUUACUAGUUGCCUGUCAUUCACUGGAGGAAUGAUUUAGUACUUAGAUAUAUUUAUACUUCAUUUUUUAUUUAAUGAUAUGCUUCAGUUCUUCCAAGUGAAUUACUUGCAAGAAUCAAGUUUUUGGUAACAGUAUUUGAAACGUAUCAAGCCAGAAUUCAUAUAGCUACUUAAACUGCAUACAACGAGAUGAAGAAUGCUUACAUUUGUCACCUUUCAUUAUUACCAUUAACACCAGCCAGUGAUGUUAAAGAUACUUAAUUAUGUAGUUUUUAACGUUUAUUCAGUCCUCCGUUGUGGAGAAAUAAAAAACCUGUUCCAAUCAAUAAGCAACACCAACAAACCAAGUUUUUGUAAUUUGCAUGUCAAAAGGUGCCUGCCAUUCAAUUCUAAACUGAAAGAAAAGUGUUUUCCUUGCAUAAACGCAUGUGGGCUGACAAGCUUGAGUAUUUGGAACUCUUUGUUCUGUUAUGUGGCAAUUUUCUGUUGGAAGACUGUUAGUAUGUCAUGCCACAUCAUUGGUGAUAAUGAUUCAUAAUAUAAAGUUCCUGAGAUACUUCCCAGAAUUUUGUAUCACAAGUUAUCAGUGUAUUCAUUGUCAUAUAAUGAAUUCUGCUACAUUGAUUUAAAAAGAUAAUUUAAAUAUCAGCUGCCCAUAAUAGCUACAGCAUGUUUCUGUUACUUUUUCUUUUCCUUCUUCUUCUUUCUUGUUAGGUUAAAUGUGACCAUUGUGUUAAAGUGCCAUCAUCCCCGACUCAUUUUAGCAAAUAAACUUUCAAUUGAUGCUGUAUACUUCCAUUUUGUGCAGAAAAGUCUAUGUUUUAAAUUAAUGUCAUAAACUGUUAAUUUGUGCUAAAUUUUGAUGUAUGAAAGAAAAAAAUCUCAGUUUUACAGUCUCAAUAUAUGGAACAGAAUUCUAGGAGGAGGGAUUCAGAAAACUUGUUCCAACUCUGUAAUGCAGACAGUCCAACAGUUACAAAAGAGUAUAAAUAUGUUGCUUACGUUUUGUUGUUGGAAUAUUUCUAGCAGGCCAAUAAUUUUAAGCCCAUUAUGUUGUUGCAUUCGUGAGUUAGCCAAAGCUUUAAUAUUCAACCAUGAUAAUCAAAAUGGGCAAUAUAAAGCAGCUCCUGCGGUUAACGUUGUGCUGAAAAUUAUGUACUUGUUGAGCUAGCAUUACUGUUCUCAUGAUACUGUGAUAAAGAUUAUUUGUAUUUAAACUGUACAUAGUAAAUAGAAACUUAUCAGUUUAUGUUAUGGAAUUGAUUAAAUAUUUUUCUAAUGGCAAGGUAGAUGUUUUCCUUUACAGUAAAUCAGUUUAAAUUGUAGCUUAAUUUCUUUCAGUUCAACUGAGGUGUCACUGUAGACUCGGCAUUUUAGUUAUUACAUAAGAAAUAAUUUAAAAUUUCUCAGUGACUAGUAAUGUAAGACCUACAUAACACAGCAGAUGUGUGGCCUCCCUCCCCCCUACUUACCACCUCCCUCCACUUCUCCCCAGCUAUACCUGUUCACUUCAGCACUUCACCCCUCUACUCCACCCUUUCACUCCACCAUUUUAUCCCUUCUGUCACUCUUUUACUCCACCACUUCUCACUUUUUGCCCCUGCUUCACUCCACCACUUCUCAUCUGUCCCCCUGCACUCUAUCACUUGUAAUCCGUCCCCCUUCACUCCACCACUUCCCAUCUUCUUUCCCUCCUUCACUCCACCACUUCUCACCAUCUGCCCCCCUUCAUUCCACCACUUCUCAUCAUCUGCCCCUCUUCAUUCCACCACUUCUCACCAUCUGCCCCCUGUCAUUCCACCAUUUCUCACCAUCUGUCCCCCUUCACUCCACCAUUUCUCACCAUCUGUGUCCCCCUUCACUCCACCAUUUCCCAUCUUCUUUCCCUGCUCCACUCCACCACUUCUCACCAUCUGCCCUCCUCCUCCUCCCCCCCCCCUGCCCCCUUCACUCCACCACUUCUCAACUUUUGCCCCCGCUUCACUCCACCACUUCACCUUUUGCCCCUGCUUCACCCCACCACUCUGCAUCACUGUUCGCCAUCUGCCCUCCUUAGAAUACAACUUCUCUGUCCACUUUUCUCAUGCCACUAUCUAAUUUUUACCCCACUUUUCCCAUGUGCCUCCACGUAGUAGUCCCCCCCACCUCUCUCUCUCUCUCUCUCUCUCUCUCUCAUCCUGGGCAGCUUUCUUAAUUCAGUUUGGCAGGUCACUGCUUCAUGGAACAUAAGUUUGUAAAAUCACUUCUACAUCUUGUGAUAAAUAGUUCCAAGGUACUGAUACAAAAGACUGACAUUGUAUGUUUAUAUUACAGAAAAUUCUGAGAGACAUCUCACUUUUUAGAUUGUGCCUUAAAACUGGUUGUAAAUGAUGACAUCAGUUUUAGAAUAUUUGUAUUUAACUGUGAUAACGUCUGUCUUAUUGCUGUAUGCUUGACUUUAGAACUGCUGCCACAAUUCAGGCACUUCCUAUGUUAAAACAUUUUUCUUCAUAUGCCACACUGCUGUAUGUAGGUUAAAAUGCUAGAUUGUGAGUUGUAUACAGUUGUACUGUAAAAAAACAGUGUACAUUCUAUUUGCUAGCAGUUUCUUGUCUGCACUGUUUGAUUUUCAUAAUAAUGAAUGUAUUAAGCAUAUAUUCAGAAGCUGGGUUGAAUAUUGAUAUAGGGAAAGUAAAAACAAACAUUACCACUUAAGUACAAAGUCAGAAUGUAAUUCCUUAAAAUAGACUGCCAGAAUUUUUGCAACAGCAGAGGCAUUUGUUAGAUAUUCAUAGCAAGGUGAAAAUGCUCUGGAAUUCAAACUCCAGACACUGAGUGUUGCUAUACAGUUCAGCUAAUGUUUCCUCCUCCCUUACCUCCACUCUGUGUUGGUUAAAAUUUUAUUUUUAAUCAUAUCAGAAUAUUUUCUUCAUUCCAUAUUUGUAGGUAUUAGUAAUUUCUGCACCCAGAUGAUUUGUGUUCCUUCAGAUAUGUUAAUUUUUAAGAUCUAGAAAGUGAUUUUGGAAGUUUUUUCUAAGUGUUUUGCUAUUGUUAUUGAACAAUACAGGAUAUUUGUGGAUUGUUCAUCAAUAAAUGAAGUGAAGCUUG